UGUACUGUGGCCUUAUUACCAUUAAGUGAGACCCUGAGUGCGGUUGUGUGGAGCACAACUAUACCGCACGCAAAGCAGUUAUUGGACAUGCCUGAUGGAGAUUUCGCGAAGUCACUCAAUGAAGCUUUCUUUAAAGAAUAUCCCAAGGAAGGCGUUGUUGUUAAUGCAAUGAAUACUUUGAAUUCACUCAUUGGUCGUAAUGCCAAUAUGAUAAGGCAGUAUCCACCAGGCGUAAAUGGCGUCAUAGAAAAAUCGCGUGCUUCAUUUCCAUUGGGAUUUCUACAUGCCGCUUCGUAUGUGUGCACUGGUGCCGCUUUAAUUGGCGAUGCCGCACAUCGCGUGCAUCCGUUAGCAGGACAAGGUGUGAAUUUGGGCUACAGCGAUGUGCGUGAGCUGGUUAAAGUGUUGGCCCAGGCGGCAUAUGCUGGCGCUAAAAUUAGCGACAAGCACUAUCUCGUCAAAUAUGAACAGCGAAGUUUGGCGAAAAACGUACCUAUUAUGGUAGGCGUACACGGACUACACACGCUUUACUCGACCACUUUCACGCCUGUGGUUUUGCUUCGGAGCUUGGGAUUGCAGUUGACCGAUAGUAUUUUGCCGAUCAAAAAUUUGUUUAUGAAACGCGCUAUGGGCUAAAUGCUCUAAAAAGGCGACACGCCUUUGACGACAUUGUAAUUUUUUUGUAUUGCAUACGGUAUAUUUUAAAACGUUGUAUGAACCUAAUUAUUAACGACUGCGAAUAAAAC